UCAGCAGGACGCAAGCUCUGUGUUGUUGAGCUGACUGUGGGAGAGGGCUGCGGGGUCUGUUGGGUUUGGAGCUGGUGGUCGUUGAACUUUCGCCCCAGUCCUUUAUUUUAGUUUUCAGUUCGUAUAAAGGAGCCCGUGUUCCGUUGUGAUGGGCGGCUACGGGGUGAUGGCGAAUGAAGAAUCCGUAGAUUAUUCCGUGCAUGAGGCGUGGAACGAAGCGACCAACGUGUAUCUCCUCGUUAUCUUGGUCAGUUUCGCGCUGCUGAUGUACGCUAGAAAGAAUAAGAGGAAGAUCAUGCGCAUCUUCACAAUGCCGCCCACGGUUGCAGCCACACCAGAGCCAAACUUCUACGACAGUUUGCAGAAAGUUCGGCUAAGGCAACAGCUGGAAAUGUAUUCUCUUGCGAGAAAGUUUGAUCAGCAACACCAACAGGCUCAGGCCCAGGAGAGCGUGCAGCUUUCGAUGGAGUGAGUGAGACCCCAGAUGUGAAAAAGCUACAUGCUUGAUAUUGUGUUAUUUCUGCCUCAAACACACUUCAGCUUGGAUCUGUAAGUUAGUUUAAGCUGCAACGCUCGUUUUUUUUUCUUCUACCUACACUGAAACCCAAGUACGGUAACAGCACAGUGAAGAGCAGCUACACUGUGGUAAAAUAACUGGGACAUAUUAAUGUUUUUCUUUUUACUUGAAGGACGUUUGUACCUCUUUAAUCAUUCCCACAUUUCCAAAAUUCCAGUCCAUUAUUGUACUUUCAGAUUGUGAAACUGAAUUAUGGUGUACUGCUGCCAUCUAGUGGUUGUUUUGGAUAGUGCUGGAACUGGUUAAUGGAAUGGAAAAUAUAUAUUUUUUCUCUUUCUAAUUGGUUAAAUGACACAAUUUAAUACGUCAAAUGAUUAUAAACACAGUCAACAAGUAUAUUUUAAAGAGAGAAGUUUCGCCUGCCUUUAAAAGUGCUAAAAAAAUACAUUUAUAUUAUUAUAUUGUAUUAUUACAGCACAAUAUAUACUUUUGGUAACAUAUCGCCCUCUGGUGGUGCUUUUGGUUUACUUCAUUGUAUGUAAUGCAAAUGGUCAGUUUUGUCAUUUGUAUCUCUGCUCAAUCUAAAUGGGCAUUUCAAAGCGUUUUUGUACUAGCAAAUCAAAUCAAGUCAUUUCUACUUCUAUUUUUCGCCAGGAUGAAGCAGAGCGUUCUGUAAACGUUUCCCCUCUGUGUUUUUAAGGAACCGCCUUUUGGGAGAGUGCGUGUUUGGGCUGCUUAAGUCCUGGUCGUUUUUAUGGUUCUGUUGCUUGUUGUAGCAGCUUUGAUUUAACUUGUAACAUCUCAAACCUUUGAUCACUUCUGUUUUCCAGUAAACACAAUCAGUUUACAUAGUUACACCCAGUAGAAUUGUGCAAAUCAUUGUCUUACACAUAAAUCUACAGAAAAGUACAAUGUAAAUCUAAAUGUAAAUAAAGUAAUGCAAAAUAAGAAAA